AUGAAACAUAAAUCUGUUGAACAUCUUCUCGAAGCGAUUCAACAAGGUAAGUUAAGUCAAAUCAUCUCGCUGAUCAAAUACGAACACAAUAUCUAUGUGAAAAACAAAUUUCAACAAAAUCUUCUCGUUUACAUCCUUCAACAACAACGGCAAAAACAGGAUCUUUCAUUAAUACAAAAACGUUUUCAAAUAUUCAAAUACUUAAUCAAACAGCACAACCUCGAUAUUCACUCACUCGAUUCCUAUGGAAAAAACCUCUUCAACUGGGCGACGAAUUUAAAUUGUACAAAGGAAGCCCUGUUUCUACUGAACUCAUAUCCGGGCGACAUUGAUCUACUUGUCCGAGACCAAUCGGGUUCGUGUUCUUUACAUUACGCUGUUGAACACGGAAACGAAGUUCUUGUUCAUGCAAUUGUUAAUUAUCUAUUACGCUAUCGAUUGAGAUUCGACAUUAAAGAUGCGUACGACAAUACACCAGAAGACUUAGCAAUGAAAUUAGGCUAUGAAGACAUACAUCAGUUUUUGAAUCAAGCAUGUCCAGCGACAAUAUACAUGGCAAGAGAAUUACCGUCCCAACAAGCACAAAUAGCGAAAGUAUCACCGUCGACAUCGGUUUUAUCUGAGUAUUACUCGAUGAUUGAGACACGGAUCGGUGCAGCCAAAAGUAUGGAUGAUUGGAAAACAGUUAUAGCAUUGCGAGCGUACCGAAAAAGUAUGCCGAAUCGAAAAUCGAAUCAAGCACUUGAAUCCCUUCCUCAACCACACGCACGAAAAUCGUCGAUUCCGAGUCUUCCGUCGAUUGUCUCAUCUGAGCACCCACCUGCAACAAACGGUAGUCAGCAAUCCGAACAAAUGUUACGUUUGUUUGAACUACAUUUAUCUCCUUCGUUUCGUCGAUCUUUUGUACCUGUUUGUCAACGAACUCCUCUUCCGAUUAUAAACCAUCAACGUUCGACCAACGGACAUCACAAAAUCGGUCAUUCCUCACCUGGUCACAUGUUAUCUAAUCUACAUAUUCGUAAAACCGAUUCUGAUCCCAACCAAACCAGCUCGUCGACUCUACCGGAUCCAUCAAAUCAUCUCACCAUUCCACCAAUUCAUAAACAACAUCGUCAGACACUACUGACCACGAAUUGA